AUGGCCUCUCGAGUCUUCAAUGUCGGCGUUAUUGGCUAUGGCCUUAGUAGCAAGAUUUACCAAAUUCCGUUCAUUACAGCCGCAAAGAACCUGAACUUGUAUGCUGUUGUACAGAGAACGCCCAAGCCAGAUGAUGAUGCACAAAAAGACUGGCCUGGCAUCAAGAGCUUCCGCAGCACCGAGCUCUUGGUCUCAGAUCCCGCUGUCGAUGUCGUAGUCGUGACUACUGCGCCGGAUUCUCAUCUUGAGUUGGCAAAAUUGGCUCUCAACGCAGGAAAGCACGUUGUCGUCGAAAAGCCGUUCACUCCGACAUACGAAGAAGCUCAAGAGCUCGUCCAACUUGCAAAAAGGCAGAAUCGUCUCCUCACGGUGUACCAAAGCCGCCGUUGGGACACCGACUUCCGGAUCCUAUCCCACAUUGUCAAGAAUGGAUCUCUAGGAAGGCUGGUAGAAUAUGAGACCCGGUUUGAGCGCCAUGUACCAGGAAUUCCAGGCUCAGCAUGGCGAACCAAAGAGAUGCCCGGCGGGGGCGCAACCUACGAUCUAGGUGCCCAUCUCAUCGACCAAACAGUCCAGCUAUUCGGUCUACCAAAGCGCAUUACUGCCUUCCUGGGUAAUCAGCGGGAAGGGGUGAGUGGUAGCGACGACUCAUUCACCGUGUUGAUGCACUACGAUGGAUUCCUCGCUACGGCUAAAGCCGCGGUGGUCAGUCCACAGGAGAAGCAAUUGCGGUUCUGGGUUAGGGGUACGCAGGGGACUUAUAUGAAGCAUCACUUUGAUGUGCAAGAAGAGCAGCUUAAGGCUGGUAUGAGACCUGGGGAUGAUGGGUAUGGAGUUGUGCCUACCGUCACUGCACCGCUGUAUACCGACUUUUAUGACAAGCUUGCCAAGGCGUUGGCUGAUGAGGGCAAUACUCCUGUCGACCCUGUGGAGUCUGCUAUCGUCAUUCGACUCAUAGAGCUCGCUAUCCAAAGUGCCCAGACUGGGAAAACGCUGGAUGUUGACGUUUGA